AUGAAAAACUCAAUAUCCCAACCCCCUCGGGGGCGCUUGGCCCAGCUCGUCUUCUUUGCAUCCGCCGCCACGGUCGCUUCCGCCGCCUUCAUCAGCAUCGGAGACACAUCGCUCAGUCUCGCCAACUUCCAGCUCAUCGCUGAUCUUUCCGUGCCUCUCGGCUGCCUGUUGGCCUAUAACAUCCCCAUCAUCGGAUGCGAAACGAGCGACUUUGACAGCAGGAGGACAUGCUCGGUCCAGUGUACCCUCCAACACGGUACUUGGACAAGCACUGGCAGGAAACCUCGUCACCUUCCUCUGUGGUGUCACAACCCAACCAACAUCGUCGCCAGCACAGACCAUCAGGUCCACCACUACAAAGGUUGUACUGCCCCCGACCAGCACCGUCUUGCCGCCACCGCCGCCGCCGCCGCCUCCGCCACCACCGGCAUCUUCCACUUCGGUCGCCCCGCCACCGCCACCACCGCCGCCACCGACUACAACAUCAAUACCAACACCGGCCCGGCCUCCCCCUCCGCCACCAUCAUCAACUACAACACCACCGCCGGGAAACACUCCGGCACCGCCAGGACUGCCGCCACCGCCGCCUCCGCCUCCGGCAACAAAAAGCAGAACGGCUGGACGCUUUGCAUGGGGCUUGCCCGCCAUGGCUCUCAUCAUGUGGGGAUUCUUGUGAGCUUCCACCGAGACCCUUGGCUACGGCGGCAAGCACCUAAGAAGCAGGAGACGGAGCUACGACAGCGUCGUAAGAACAAGUAA